AUGUUAUCUCUCUUCAAAUAUUAUUCAGUUCUGCGGAUCAUCAAGCAGGAGCUGGCAGAGAAGAAGGAAAUUAAGGCCUUGUUCAGAUCUCAAAUGUGCUUCAUAAUUCAGAAUAUUGAGAAGACAGCUCUACUCUCUGAGUAUGUCAAUCUGCUUACUGCUGAGGUGGAACCCGAGACAGUAGAUCAGGAAAUGCAGGAUUUUGAGAUGCAGAUUGACCUGACUGAGAGAGAGCAGUGA